UCGAAAGAAAUACCAGAGGAUUAUAUGCGGUUUUUAUCAUAUGGAGCUGGUAUGAAUUUUCCUUUUUCUAGUGGAAUAGUAAAUACGAUUGCAGAUAUUGAAGAUGCAAUUUUUCACUGUAAUCUUCAAAAAGAAGAAAAAGAUGAAAUUAGAAUUAAAAUUUGUGAAGAUUUAAAAAAACUGGAAAUCAAGAAAGGGCGCAUUCAGGAUCAUAGAGCAAGACAUUAUAUAGAGAAUAAGAAACAAGAAAUAAUAUCUGAAGGAAGUUUUAAAAAGUUAGAAAAAGACCCGUUUAAUGAAAUACAAAGAACAUUAACAAGAAAAUUGAAGAAAUUUGUGAAAGAAGGUCAUAUCCAGGCGAGUCAAAGUAAAGAAAUACUUUCAAAGGAAAACGUAAGAAUUCCUAAAUUAACUGUCAGAAUUAAAACACAUAAACAAAAUAAAUGUAGACCAAUCAUAGACUUUAGAUUCACAUUAUUAUAUAAUUUAGAAAUCUUUAUUAAAAAGAUAUUACAGGAUAUACAAAUUUCGAAAUAUGCAGUUAAAAAUGCUGAUGAUUUAAUUACAAAAUUGCAAAAAGGUGUAAUCUUGUCUAAUUAUAAAUUGAUGAGUUUGGAUAUAACAUCUAUGUACCCUUCUAUUACUAAAGAUAUGAUUUUGAGCAGUUUACGUAAGUAUGGUGUUCCUGAUUAUUUAAAGGAUUUAAUUACUUUCACAUUAGAUAAUAAUUAUUUUACAGUGAAGGAAAAGAACUUUUAUCGACAAACAGAAGGUAUUUCGAUGGGCUCCGUAAUAGGACCGAAAUUAGCAGAAAUUUAUAUGCUGGAUGUGGACAUGAUUCUUUCAACAUUAAAUGGAGUUAUGUUUUUUGCAAGAACAACAAAUAUAGAUAAAAGAGAAGAAGAAAUUGAAGAUACACAUAAGAAAUACAUCUUAAAUGGAUAUCCAAAAAGAUUACUAAAUGAUUGGUUCCACAGAUUCUUAAGAAACAGGUUUAAAGUUAAACGUUGUCAAGAAAUAAUAAAGUAUGUAUCAUUUCCGUAUAUAAAAGGUAUUUAUGAAAAAUGUAACAACUUCUUUAAUCAUAAAUUAAUUAGAUUGGCUCCAUCCUUAAAUAACAGGUUAUCAAAUAUGAUGAUCAUCAGAAGUAAUGCUAAAGAUUUAUUAGAAGAAGAAGGUGUUGUUUAUCGGAUAGAAUGUACGUGUAACAACCCUAGUUUUUACGUCAGUGAAACAAAACGAAGAUUAAGGAUCAGACUGUCGGAACAUUUGGCUGCCAUAAGGUUGAAAAUGAGUAAUUCUUCUGUCUUCCAACAUUGUAAUAGUAAUAAUUGUCAGAUAAAUAUUAAUAAAUUAACAAUAAUUUUUAGGGAAAAAAAUAAUGUAAAGCGAAAGGUAAAAGAACACUUCGCUAUAAUUAUGCAAAACAAUAAUGUUAAUUUAAAUACCGGAAUGUUAACAGCGGAUUGCUGGGAAUUUUUUGUUAACCAUAUAAGUGGCUGUUCAAUGAGUUGACUGUUAGAAUGUAGAUUUUGUGCUGUAAGCCCCACUGAAGAGGCCAUAGGCAAAAUGAAUUUGGGAAGCUUGUUAGUAAUAAUGUAAAUAAAAGUUUUUUCUCUGCAAUUAUUUUCUUUUUUAUAC